AUCCGUAUUCAUCUACCAGACUUGUUUCCGAGCCUAAACAAGGUUGUGUUUCUAGACGAUGACAUUGUAAUCCAAACUGAUCUAUCACCUCUUUGGGACAUUGACAUGAAUGGGAAAGUAAAUGGAGCAGUGGAGACAUGUAGAGGAGAAGACAAGUUUGUGAUGUCAAAGAAGUUCAAGAGUUACCUCAACUUCUCAAACCCAACAAUUGCCAGAAACUUUGAUCCAGAGGAAUGCGCUUGGGCUUACGGGAUGAAUGUUUUCGACUUAGCGGCUUGGAGAAAGACUAACAUAAGCUCCACUUACUAUCACUGGCUUGAUGAGAACUUAAAAUCAGACCUGAGUUUGUGGCAGCUGGGAACUUUGCCUCCUGGGUUGAUAGCUUUCCACGUUGUUUCCGAGCCUAAACAAGGUUGUGUUUCUAGACGAUGA